AUGAAGGAACCGUUCGAAGCCGCGAUGCCGGACCAGGAGCACUACAGCCUGCGGUGGAACAACCACCAGAGCCACAUCCUGCGGGCGUUCGACACUCUCCUGCAGACGAAGACGCUGGUGGACGUGACGCUGGUGUGCGCGGAGACCAGCAUCCGGGCGCACAAGGUGGUGCUGUCCGCCUGCUCACCCUUUUUCCAGCGCGUGUUCUCCGAGACGCCCUGCAAGCACCCGGUGAUCGUGCUGAAGGACUUCCGAGGCUGGGUCGUCCAGGCGAUCGUGGAUUUUAUGUACCGGGGCGAGAUCAGCGUGCCACAGGAGCGCCUCUCCGUGCUGAUCCAGGCGGGCGAGUCGCUGCAAGUGCGGGGCCUCGUCGACCACCCGGCCCCGGCGGCCCCCAACACUCCUACGCCUGCCCAUUCGCCCGAGGACUUCAGUCUGCUGGACGCCUCGCCACCGCUCACAUCACCAGCAGGUCCACAAACGCCGGCCAGCGGUCCCGGUGCCACCUCGAAGCUACUACUCCCUCCCCAGGUGUUUGCCGACCCGUCCCUGAGCCUCCCGACGCCGAGUGCGGCCGAUCUGUGCACCUCGCCGAUGCCCCGCCGGAAGCAAGCACGACCUCGGCGGCGCUCGGGUGAGUGCGCCCCGCAGGACCUGAGCAGUAAACCCUCCACACCGGUACCCGCGCCUCCGUCGGUGUCCACCACCGAUGAGGGGCUCAAAGACGAGCGGGGGCCACCGGCGCCGCUACGGGACGAUGAACUGGGUGACUUGGACCUGGACCUGGACGACGAUGACAUCGACGAGCUAGAGGAAGAGGAAGAGGAGGACGAAGACGACGAGCUGGAGCUGGACGAGGACCACCUGAAGCGCAUCCUGCGCCGUAGUCAGUCCGUCGACGAGAAACUGGCCAAGGAGCAGGAGCAGGACGAAGAAGCGGUAGGCCUCCCGCAGCUGCGCGUGGAGUCGCGCGGAAGUGGUGACAGUGGCGAGGUCACGCGAAGGUCACGAUCGCUGCAGAAGCCACGGAAGGGCGGCGGAUCGAAGGUUGGUGACGCCCGCGACGGUCCCCCGCUGACACCCUCGUCCUCGUCCGGGUCGUUCGCGGUGUCCGAUGGUCCGGAGAACCUGUGCAUGAAGAAGUCCUCGCCGCUCGGUGCAGCCCGGGAAGCGGGCGUUGGAGGGGCGUCGGACGGGCGAGGUAGCCUCGGGGAGAGCCUCGUCUCGCCGGCGACGAAGGACCCCACGGCCAGUGGUGGACUGCUAUCGCUCAAGGACAUCCGGCAUCUGAACCGGGCGGCCCUGAACCGUUCGCUCGGCUCCCUGUCGCCGCCGCCGUCGUUCGCCUCGGCGCUCAACAACAACCUACACCCCGCCCUGAGCCUCAUGCACCACCACCACCACCACAGCCACCACCAGCAGCACCAUGGCGGUGAGGGGAAGCGCGUCAAGCUGGAGGACCGGGACGAGGUCGAGCGAUCGCUGCUGGCCGGGCACGAUGAUAUGGAGCCGCCCCACUUCCUCGACCACAUGGACCUGGCCCUCGGCACCCACCAACACCCGCUCGCCCACCACGCGCAUUCGGCGCACCUGGCCGCGGCCGCCGCUGCCGCUGCCGCCGCCGCCCAUCAGCAUCUACACGCGGGGCGGUCAUCGCCUCAGCUCCAGGGCGGCGCCGAGGGAAGCGAGAACAACAACAGCACGAGCAAAAAGAACCACAACAACAACAGCGGUGGCGGUGGCAAUAAUCAUGGCAACUUCCUGAACCACCACCACCACCAGCACCAGCAGCAGCACCACCAUCCGCAGAACACCCCUGGCCCCCCCGGUGGCAACAACAGCAGCAAUACCGGAAGCAACACCGGAAGUAGUAACAACAACAACAACAACAGUCUGCACCACCCGCAUCAACACCCACACCACGGUCCGAAGUCCGGGUCAUCGGCGGGACCGAAGGACUUUCUCCACAGUCCGACGCUCAACUUUCCGCCGUUCUUCAAUCACUCCGCGGAGGGACCGGGACCGAGGCCGCCGCACUCGCCGCUGCCCUUCCCGCACCUACCGUCGGUGUCGUCGCUCACCCUCACCCCGCCUCACAUGUUCGGCCUGGACUCACCGCUUGGCCUGUUUCCGCCCGGUAUGGACCCGGGCAAAAUCUACAGCCCCCUGAUGGAAAUGUCCGACCCGCGGAGCAUGCACCACGACGGACCCCCGUUUCUGAAGAAGAAAAUGAAUCGACCGAAAGGACAGCACUCGGCCCCGCGGGGAGGACCGCCACGGUCGUGGACGAACGCGGAACUGACCGAGGCGCUGCAGCACGUGUGGAACAAGAAGAUGACGACGAGCCAGGCUUCGCGGAUCUUCGGCAUCCCGUACAACUCGCUGCUAAUGUACGUGCGGGGCAAGUACGGCAAGAGCCUGAAGUUGGAGCAACUGCGCAAGGACUGCAUCAGCGGGCCACCGAUCGAGCUGCUGCAGAUGGGUGUUGGCAAUAGUUCCGGCAAGGACAAGAAGGACAGCAACAAAGAUCAAGGAGGCGACCUGCACCAUCACGGCGGUGGCCCCGGGCGAGAAGGCAGCAACGGUAGUGGACCGAACGGUGGUGGUGGAGGCGGUGGCGGCGGCGGAGCCAGCGAUCUCCGGGGGCCACGGUCGGUCUCGUCGGAACCGGACCUACUGUCCAGCCCAAACCCCCUGUUCAACCCGUUCCCGGGUGGGUUCUAUCCGGACUUCCCGGGCGGCUUUCCGGGGCUCCCGCUCAGCAUGCUGAACCUGCUGCCCCCGGACCGGCACCCGCCCCACUCGCUCCCGUCGCUGGCCGUGGACGAGGACUGCAAGAGCGAUCGCUCGAAGCAAUCGCUGGACGAUGACUUCCCGCAACCGCUCGCCCUGAACCGGCCGACCGCCGACCAGCUGGCCGACAGCCGGCGCGAGAUAUACCAACAGAACGGGCAGGACUAA